AUGCCGUCUGAUCUCUCUUACUGGAUCCUCGCUGUUCCCCAGCACGACGGUGAUCCGGCCUCGGUCCUCGAGGCAGUCCGCCGCGCGACGGGCGGCAACACGACAUGCGGCGGAUGGGCGAUUCCCGAGCUCAAGGCAAGCAACCAGCUGCCCAAGUUUGACUCGGCGUUCACGAGCGUCGUGUCCAAGCUGCUCGACCAGCUGCGCUCGCUCGUGGGCGAGGACAAGGCGCGCCUCGCGCAGCACGCGCGUGUCAAUGACCGCCCCGUCGAGGAGUACCUCCUGCCCGACGCGCAAGGUCCGUCUACCUGGCGCUGGGACAAGGGGCGCUGGGGUGAGGAUGGCAAGGUCGGCGACGUCAUGGCGUCUCUCGUGAGCGAGAUGCACACGGUCGAGACAACGCAGAAGGCCAAGGCACAGGCUUACAACCUCGCCAAGGGCGCGCUCAACACGCUCCAGCGGAAACAGCUGGGGAACCUUUCGCAGCGGUCGCUGAUGGAUGUCGUUAAGAAGGGCGACAUUGUCGAGAACUCGGAGUUCCUUGAGACGCUGCUCGUUGCCGUCCCAAAGAACAGCGUCAAGGACUGGUUUGAGAAGUAUGAGCGCCUUUCCACCAUGGUUGUCCCGCGCAGCUCGCAGGAGCUCGCCAAGGACAACGACUUUGUCCUGAUGACCGUCACCAUCUUCAAGAAGAUGCACGACGAUUUUGUGCACAAGGCGCGCGAGAACAAGUUCAUCGUGCGCGACUUCAAGUGGGAGGACGAGGGGCUCGUGAACCAGAAGAAGGAGCUGGCCAAGCUCGAGAAGGAGGAGAAGGAGCUUUGGACCGAGCUGCUGCGUCUCACGCGGAUAAACUUCUCCGAGGCGUACCAGCUGCUGGCCCACCUCAAAACUGUGCGCCUGUUUGUGGAGAGUGUGCUGCGCUACGGCCUGCCCGCAGAGUAUGCUGGCGUGAUCGUCAAGCCCGAGCCCAAGACGGCCGUCAAGACGCUCAAGCAGCUGUCGGCACGGUUUAACUACCUCGCCACGGGCAAGGACAAGGAGGCCAAAUUGGUGCACGCCGACGACAUGGUGGGAGAAUGGGCCAACGUGAUGGAACAGGAGUACUACGACUUUGUGCUGUUUGAGAUACCCAAGGUUGAUUUUUAG